CGGGCCCGGGAGAGUCGUGGAAGACUGGGGACACUCCGGGGGCGAGCAGUUCUGUCUGGGGGUCGCCUCAGGGCUGCGGAGUCGCUUCGGGGAGGGAGGAGUCGCUGCAUCGAGCCCCAGGUCUCCGCCUUCCUUUAGGAACCUGGCAAAGCCCCAGAGUCGCCCAGUUCCCGUCCGGAUUGGCCCGGGGACCGUGGAAAGGCCGACGUGGCGGGCUUCUUGGUGGUUCUAGUCCUGGAAUGGCCAGAUAUCAAGGUGAAGUUCAAAGUUUGAAACUGGAUGAUGAUUCAGUUAUAGAAGGAGUAAGUGACCAGGUGCUUGUGGCAGUUGUGGUCAGUUUCGCUUUGAUUGCUACCCUGGUAUAUGCACUUUUCAGAAAUGCACAUCAAAACAUUCACCCAGAAAACCAAGAGCUAGUAAGGGUGCUUCGGGAACAACUUCAAACAGAACAGGAUGCACCUGCUCCUGCUCGACAGCAGUUCUAUACUGACAUGUACUGUCCAAUCUGUUUACAUCAGGCCUCCUUCCCUGUUGAAACGAACUGUGGACAUCUUUUUUGUGGUACCUGCAUUAUUGCAUAUUGGCGAUAUGGUUCAUGGCUUGGGGCAAUCAGUUGUCCAAUCUGUAGACAAACGGUAACUUUACUCCUAACAGUAUUUGGUGAAGAAAAUCAGUCUCAGGAUAUUGUACGAUUGCAUCAAGAUAUUAAUGAUUAUAACCGGAGAUUCUCAGGGCAGCCCAGAUCUAUUAUGGAAAGAAUUAUGGAUCUACCCACUUUACUGAGGCAUGCAUUCAGGGAGAUGUUUUCAGUUGGAGGUCUUUUCUGGAUGUUCCGCAUCAGGAUAAUUCUUUGUUUAAUGGGAGCUUUUUUCUACCUUAUAUCACCUCUAGAUUUUGUUCCUGAAGCCUUGUUUGGAAUUCUAGGCUUUCUAGAUGAUUUCUUUGUCAUUUUUUUGUUGCUUAUUUACAUCUCUAUUAUGUAUCGAGAAGUGAUAACACAGAGGCUAAACAGAUGAAAAAAAUGAGACGUACUAGAAUAUUUGCGCUCAUGUGUAGAAUCAAACAAAGAGACCCAUGGCAUUAUAAAGCAUCUGAAUAUUAUCUUUAAAGCUUAAAACCACUGUGUCAUAAACAUUUGAUCAUUUGACGUCUAGCAGUGUAUAACUGGAAUUUUAACAUGUUGCAGGUUCUAAUAUUAUGGUUAGAAUUAUAAUGAUUUACAACUAUAUCUUGAUUCUGUGUUGUCUAUAAAGACUCUGGAAAAAUUAAGAGUUAUAUAAAAAGGGAUGUUUUAUAUCUUUCCUCAAAAACAACUCAAGAUUAAUUGGAUGUUUAGUAAGAUACUGCUAAAUAUACAUUUUUCCCAAUUUAUCUUCCUCAGUGGGUACCUACAUAUUUAACUAUGAAACUCAUCUAAAUAUUUUUGUUACAAUAAAAUAUUGUACAAUACUGAGGGAAUGUCAGUGUUUCCUUUAGUACAAGCAAAGUUUUGUGCAUUUGGAGCAGUUCUGUUUUGUCCAUUCUGGUACAGUUUUUUUAUCAACUGAAACUGAGGGAAGAAACUUGAACUUAAUCAUAUGAUUUCAUAUUCUGGUUUACAGAACAAUUUUUAACCAAUAGGAAAAUUAACUGGAUGAAAAAGAUUUAUCUCCAGGCAGUAUACUUGAUGUUCACAGUUGUGACUUUGAGUUUGAUCCUUAGCAUAUAAAAGUAACUUGUAAAGGGAAAAUUUUUUUCAGGAACCUGGGUGAUACUGCAAACAGUUUUAUGCAUUUCUGUGAAAGGUGGAUGUUCGUGACACUGACCGUCGAAGCCCUUAGAAACACUGUUUCAAUUUGACUAGAGAAAUGACUGGUUUAACUCUAGUAACAAAAUGAACAAAUUUGGCUGGUUUUCUCUUCCACCAGAAAACCUAAUAUUGUCUCUACCUGGCAGCAUAUAGCCCAGAUUGAUCACAUCUGAAAAACAUUGUGUAGAAUAAGCAAAUGUACCUGAAGUGAACAGAUAGGAAAGUUAUCUGUUUUUUUACAGCUAUAACAUAAGUAUCUAAUGCUCUCUUCUGCAAUUUUCAGGUUAAGAAAGAGAAAUACCACAAGUAUUAUAAGAUCCUAAUUCACCUCAGCUAGUAUUGUUCAUUAGUGAAUUUAGGACAGUAUGGUAUAAGGCGAUGCCCAGGAGUCAAUGUUAGUUUUAAUCUGUGUUCCCUGAUAUUUUAUACUAUCAAUUAAUUUAUUAGUGAGCCUAAUUAUGUGUAGCUAGGGAAAUAAGGAGAAAAACCUGUCUGAUUUUCCCAGGUUAAUUGUCAGCCAUCAACUACUGAGAUUUUGAAUGAAAUGUCAAAAAUUGUGUUUCCUAAUUUGUGUGUAGGACAAAGCUGUUGCUUGUCAGAGGAAAAAAAAUGCUUAAACAUAGCACAUUACAACUAAAGCAAUUUCUUGCAUAGUUUUCAUUUUAUCCUUAAAUCAAUUUUGUGACCAAGGUAAGACAUCACCUUUGUUUUCAUAGAUGAAAUCCCCAUGUUAUAGAUGAAAGUUUUUUGCUGAAGCCGUAAAAUUGAACUGAGAUUAAACUCUAGGACUGCUGCAUAUGUUGUUUAGAUAGAAUUUUCUGAUGGUGAUGGUUAUUAUGAAGUGGGGAGCAGAAGAGACAAUGGGAGGUAUUCUCUGAAAGUCCUUUAUUGGAGUAGAAUAGCUUAGGUGUUCCUGACCAAGAAAGGAAAAAGUCUAGAAAGAUGACACAUCAAGGCUUCAUGAAUCCUUCCAAAUCAACAACAGGGUGGAUGCUUCAUAGAGAAACGAUACAGCUGCAGUCGCCAACACGAAGAGCUAAUGCUGGGAAUUUGUCAUAUCACCAUUUACAAGACUAGAAAUGCAUUUCAUACAAGUACGAAUAUGGCACAGAGCUAUAUAGCAAUGUCAUUUUUGAAAGGAUUUUAUUUUCUGUGCACAUGUUCUGCUCCAACUGUCACAUUUCUGGUUAUAAUUUUAUUGUGAUUUUGAAAUUCCUUCACUUUCCUGGUCAAGAUGUAUUGCAGCAAAUUUUGUAAAAUACAAAACACUGUUAUGAUCUGAAGUCUUAUUAAAUUGAAAUGGGAACAUGCUUACAUUUCAGAAUUUUAGACCUGCUUACGAUGUCAUCUUCAUUGAUCACUGAAAAGAAAUGCAGAGGGAAUCUGAAAGAGUAUUUAAAGUAAGCAGAGUUAAUCAUUGUUUUAAAUAUCAUGGUAAUAGUUCUGUGACUUAGAGUAAAAUCACAUAAAUCUAACAUUAAUUUGGAUUUUUUAAAAACAACAGUAUUGUAACUGUCACAGAAACAAAUGGUCCAACGCCAGGAGCAGGUAAUAAAUUUGGUGGCUCUGUGGGGAACAAGACAGAUGAAACGUGUUUUAACUGCCCACUAGGACAGCGGUUUCAAUUACUACAUUUCACAGCUUUUGAGUCUAGCACAGGAAAAAAGGGAAUUGUAUUGAUGAUCCCUUGUGGCUGUGCAGACACCUACCUCACAGAGUUGUUGAAGAGGAUUGGUGGUUUGGUUCAAACUCUGCAAUUUACCAGUUUGUCAACAAGUUUAUUCUUUUGAAUAAAAGCACCGUAUCUUAAAAUUUUAAAAA